CAGCCACACACAGGCUUCGGAUGACGCGAGAUGGGGGAUCGUCACGUGACACGGAAGUGACUCCGAACAGGAAGAGGACGAAAAAAAUAACCGUCCGCGACGCCGAGUCGAACGGGACCCGCAGACACCAUGAACAGCAAAGGUCAAUAUCCAACGCAGCCAACCUAUCCUGUGCAGCCUCCUGGGAAUCCAGUCUAUCCUCAGACCUUGCAUCUUCCUCAGGCUCCACCCUAUACUGAUGCUCCGCCUGCCUACUCAGAGCUCUAUCGUCCAAGCUUUGUGCACCCAGGGGCUGCCACAGUCCCUAGCAUGUCAGCUGCAUUUCCUGGCACCUCUCUGUAUCUUCCCAUGGCCCAGUCUGUGGCUGUUGGGCCCUUAGGUUCCACAAUCCCCAUGGCUUAUUAUCCAGUUGGUCCCAUCUACCCGCCUGGUUCAACAGUGCUGGUGGAAGGAGGGUAUGAUGCAGGUGCCAGAUUUGGAGCUGGGGCUACUGCUGGCAACAUUCCUCCUCCGCCUCCUGGAUGCCCUCCCAAUGCUGCUCAGCUUGCAGUCAUGCAGGGAGCCAAUGUCCUCGUAACUCAGCGGAAGGGGAACUUCUUCAUGGGUGGCUCAGAUGGUGGUUACACCAUCUGGUGAGGAACCAAUGCCGCCUCUGUGCCGGGAAAGACAUCACAUACCUUCAGCACUUCUCACAAUGUAACUGCUUUAGUCAUAUUAACCUGAAAUUGCAGUUUAGACACAUGUUGUUGGGGUGUCUUUCUGGUGCCCAAACUUCAGGCACUUUUCAAAUUUAAUAAGGAACCAUAUAAUGGUAGCAGUACCUCCCUAAAGCAUUUUGAGGUAGGGGAGGUAUCCAUUCAUAAAAUGAAUAUGGGUGAACAGCCCUAAGGAUCUUCCUUUAAUUCCUCCGGAGUAAUACUGUACCAUACUGGUCUUUGCUUUUAGUAAUAAAACAUCAAAUUAGGUUUGGAGGGAACUUUGAUCUUCCUAAGAAUUGAAGUUGCCAAAUUAUUGAUUCGUCUUUAAUCUUGCAAUCUCUGAUUUAUAUUACUUGUUAAAUGAAAUGCAUUAUCUGUCUGCCUUUUUCUUUUCAUCCUUUGCCUCAUAUGCUGUCUCCAACUUGUCUUCCAUUCCCUCCUGCCAAUCUCCAUUGAAUCAGUGGUGCAGGACAGAAAGCCAGUCAGACUCAUUUCCUUCUCUCCUUGCACUUCUCCCCACCUGACAUCUUUUAACUUACUUGUCUUUCAUAAGGAUCCUCUGAAAUUUCCAUGUGCCCCAAGCACAGGCCCUGUUAUGCCUGCUUUUAUCUCCUCAGGCAAAAGUAGAGGGUGCCUUUUGGAUCCACCUCAGAGGUUGUCUCUGCGUACACAAACCUAACCCAAAUUUGCUUUGGUGCCAGAAAAACUGAGCUUCGUUAUAACAAUGUCAGUGCAAAAUGUCCCAUAAAAAAGUUUGUUCAAAUUAUGAGGGGCAAGGAAGAGGAUGCAUUUCAAAAGCUUGACUUCAGAACCAAAUUAAGGGCAGUUUUCAGAUCAGAAACAGGUUACCAUUUUUUUUUUUUUUUUGGACAGAGUGUCUGAUGUAGCCACUCAUGGCUCCCAAGAAUUCCUAAACUGGGUGAUAGGGUCACCUGGUGAAUGCUUCCCUAUAAAAUGACUUGAGUCCAGUGGAAUCUCAUUCGGGUUAAUAUUUCAGGGAUCCUUAAUAUUUUGAUUUUUGUUUUCUGAAAUUGGAUUUUAUCUUAUAAUUUCAGUUCAUCUAAAUUUUAUGUUCUGUACAUGUGAUGUUUGACUGUACCAUUGACUGUUAUGGAAGUUAAGCGUUGUAUGUCUCUCUCUACACUGUGGUGCACUUAACUUGUGGAUUUUUUAUACUAAAAAUGUAGAAUAAAGACUAUUUUGAAGAUUUGAAUAAAGUGAUGAAGUUGCAUUA